UGACUUAUUGACUGACUGAUUGGUGAUCAACGCAUAGCCCAACCCGUGAGAGGUAGGAAGCUGAAAUUUUCACUGCAGUUGCCUCAUGCACAUUAAGACGGGGUUUCAGUAUUCAGGAAGAACCGCGAAUGCGUGACGGGGCUAAAAAAUACUGCCUUGUGACAACGCUAGAUGUAAAAUAACGCCUUUAACUUUGACUCUGACUUGCCCUACCACCUGGUUACAGCAUAGUAGGCUUUGCAGACGACAUCGUAAACGUUACAUUGGAGAAAAAAAAUUGCAAACUUUUCUAGCUACUACGGUCUUUGAUAUUUGCGAAAACUUAUCUAAAGUGUGUUUCAAACAUUUCGCAUAUUUCACCCUUCUUGGAUGAUAAAUUCGUUUAAAACGUUAAAGGGGUGUAGUAUUAUAUGUAGGCUCAUUAGUAAAGAUCUUUAAGAAAAUUAAUUCAAGACUGCAGGACUGCGAAGCAGUAUGCAUAUGUAUAUGUAUGAAGAAAGCAAAGAUGCUUAUAAAUGGCAGUGUUCGUCGUGAUGCAGGGGAUGAUGCCAUGCCAAAGAGCAGUUUUGAAAAGGAAGAUGUCGGCUGGACCAAUAUCGAUGCCGAAGUCGACGUGGUGACGCCCAUGGUGCUUUCCCAUCUUCAAAAGCUGGGCAUAGAACAUUUAGAGCUUCCAGACAUGAAAGAGAGUAUUUCUAUUAAGCCUUUCUUCAUCACUUACGAGGCUGGCCUUCAUCUAAAUAACGGAAUUGUUUACAACCUUGCUGGAAUACAAAGACACAACAAUGCCUAUAUGACAUAUGAGGGAAAAUCGUUCUUGAGCAAAUUUUAUUUAAAAAUUAAUAAACUUCAGUUUGAAUAUAACUUUUUGCUAAAGUUAAUGGCAAUUGAGGGAUAUGGAAAAGUGAUUGGCUCAUUAGAUGACACGAUCAUUUAUGCUGAGCUCGCUGUCAAUGUAAUUAAUUCAAAGCUUCAUCUUCACGACUUUCGCAUAAUUGAAUUCAGCAAUAUUCAUGUACAAUUGGAUCAAACUCGUUUAAUUCGAGAGUUUACAGGAUUUAUUCUAAGUCCUAUAACAAACCUCUUCAAAGAUCGAAUCACAACAUCCAUUGCCGAUGGACUAAAGGAGCAAAUGCAAUUGGUAAUGGAUGAUUUUAACAACGAGGAUCCCUUGGAGUUACGUAAAUUUACUAAGAAAUUAAUAUCAGGAAUAACAGGUUCUUCGGCCGAGUUUAGUGAGCUAAGAACCAGUCUUAAAAGACGAACAAGCUCUUCCUGAAUAUGCAGUACAAAUUUAAAAUUAUUUUUGUAAAUUU